AUGUCCGACGAUGCACACGAUCACCUACCAGAAACUACUCUCACGAAUGCACAUGCCUCCGACGAACUACAACCAAGCGACCCCAAAUCUGCAACGCACGCACCCGGCACUCGCAGCGCAGAUGUGAUUUCCCUUACGGACCAGACGAACCUACUUCCGUUCAAGAAGGUUGUUGCGGUCUUUUGUGGGCUUUCGCUGUGUCUCCUGGUGUCCACCCUGGACUCGACCAUGGUCGCAACUGCCCUACCGACAAUCUCGAAUGUAUUUGACGCAGGCACUGUCGUAUCCUGGGUCCCUUCCGGAUACCUGCUCACGUCGACCGCCUUUCAGCCGUUGUACGGCCGCUUCAGCGACAUCUUUGGCCGGAAGGCGAGCCUGUCUCUUGCCAUGGGUAUAUUUAUGUUUGGAUGCAUUCUCGCAGGGUUUUCCCGCUCGAUAAUCCAGCUUAUUAUUUUCCGUGCAAUCGCUGGUGCGGGCGGCGGAGCCAUAGUCAGUAUGGGACAGAUCAUAAUUUCUGAUAUUGUGACUCUUCGCGAACGAGGAAAGUAUCAAGGGAUUAUCGGAGUUGUCGUCGCUUUCGGCUUUGCGAUCGGACCGCUCAUCGGCGGUGCGCUCUCAGAGAAAGUCAGCUGGCGGUGGUGCUUCUGGGUUACUCCCCCAAUUUCAUGCGUCGCACUAUGCGCCGUCUUGUUGAUCCUUCCAGCCAAACCUGUCGAAGGCAAUUUUCGCCGAAAAUUACUUGCUGUGGAUUACUUCGGCGCGGCGCUCACCUUGACAGGGUGCACACUUGUUCUGCUACCGCUCAUAUGGGGUGGUGUGACGUUCCCGUGGUCCUCUGCGGUAGUCCUUGCGCCACUCUGUUCCGGUUUCCUCGUGGUGUCCAUUUUCUGCUUCUGGGAGUGGAAGGGUGCGCGAUUACCCAUCGUGCCUAUGUAUAUCUUCAAACAUAUCACCGUGACGGGUGUAUAUAUCACUAUGUUCGUGAACGGAAUGAUCUUCUACUGCGCGCUGUUCUACCUCCCGCAAUUUUUUCAGGUCGCACUCGGAUAUUCGCCAAUUCGGUCUGGUGUGUUUCUAUUCCCGGUACUGGUCAGCCAGACAACUGCGUCUUUUUUUGCAGGCCAGAUUGUGAGCAGGACGGGUCGAUAUCGCACUAUUAUUCACACAGGUUUCUCAGUAUGGGCGGUUGGAUGUGGGCUCCUUUCGACUGUGACCAGUAGCACACCUAAGGGGCUUCUCGUGUUUUACAUGCUGCUCUCUGGACUUGGCGCGGGACAGACUUUGCAGACAACUACGGUUGCAGCUCAAGCUAGUGUAUCUCGAAAAGACAUGUCGGUAGUGACUGCUGUCCGCAACUUUGCGAGGUUGCUAGGAGGCACCUUAUCCUUAGCGUUAAGCGCAACCAUCAUCAAUAACUCGUUGCGCGACUCUAUGACCUCGGCCGGGUUAUCCGCAUCCACGAUCACGACGAUCAUUGAUGAUCCCACUCUUCUUGGUGCACGGUUGUCUUCGGACUCCUCCGAUCCGUUAGCUGCGCUUGGUGUCACACCUGCUCUGGCCGCCAAGAUUCUUGAUGGCUACACGCAUGGCUUCCGCACUGUAUUCAUACUGAACGCUUGCCUCGCCGCCGUGGCGACUCUCGCUAGCAUUUUCAUGAUACAUCAUAAGGAACUCACACGAGGCGACGAGGAGCGUUUACGUGCUGAAGCAAGGGCUCAGCUGAAGGGCGAAAAGAACGGCAGGACCGUGGUUGAUGUCCCAGAUGUGAAGCAGACGGAAGACAUCGAGAUGGGCACCGUUAGUGCAGGUGAUCGCAGGGAGAAGGAAAGCCCGGCGGACCUACGUGCCAGCGACAUAGACGACAUAGACGACAAAAUUUGA